AAAUGGAUUGGCAAGGGCAGAAACUGGUGGAGCAGCUGAUGCAGAUCUUACUAGUGAUCUCCGGCGUAGUCGCGUUGGUUGUUGGAUACACAACGGAAUCGUUCAGGACGAUGAUGCUGAUCUACGCAGGUGGUGUUGUUCUCACGACUCUGGUCACUGUUCCUAAUUGGCCUUUCUACAAUCUUCAUCCUCUCAAGUGGUUAGAUCCGAGCGAGGCCGAGAAGCAUCCCAAACCACAAGUUGUUCCCGCUGCUUCUAAGAAGAAGGUUUCUAAGAAAUAGGUCUCAUUCUGAAAUCUCUCUCGGAGUUGUUUUCUAUGAGAUUGUUUUGGAUCUGAAUCUUAAUUAUAUUUAUGAAUUGAAAAUUUUCUGGGUUUGAUUCUUAUCAUCUUAUGUUUAUUGCCAAAGAAUUUGUGAUUA